CAUCAGCACAGUAAUACAAGUUAUACACGAAGUCGCUGACAUAUACUUAAUCAGUUGAUGAACUUACAUUCAGCUUGUACGGUUGCGCGUCUGGACUCUGCACAUAUUUAUGUCUUUAACGAACGAAUCCAAAAAAAUAAAACUGCCAACAAAAAAAUUGCGUUAAAAGAUGUUGCAAAGCAAUUUAUCAACUUCUAAAUUUUUGCAAAUUUAAUACUCGAUUGUUUAGAAUUUCCAUAUAAAAGUAAAUUUGAAUUAAAAAUUAUUAAUGUGCAAAAAACAAAUUAAAAAUUAUAACUAAAGUAUAAGCUAGAAAAACAGUGUUCCUAUAAAGUAGUGGUGAAGAAAACUGGCCAAGCGCAAAAGGCCUUGAUACAACCAGCAUUAACAACGAAAGCAGUACGUUAUCUUAAUUGAGUGAUAUGCUGUAUCCGCGUUGUAGAUGUGGAUCAUUGCAGAUUCGGACGCUUUUUUCGCUGCAUAAGCCGAAGUUAUAUAACCAUGAAUUGUCUCAUUUCCCCGGCAAAAUAUGUUCAUCGUUAUCGAAAGCACAAACUCGAAGCAUACGCAGUACCAAAACACUAUCAGCACGAAGUAUGCUAUUGUUUGUUAUAGGCAUAGUGCUGUCGGUGCCACCAACAUUGACACAAACAGCUGCAAUAGAUGAACUGUAUAUUCAACCAACAUCAGCCGUUCAUGUGGUAAAAGAAGACCUGACGACGGUUGUAUUAGUUAAUAACGCGAAUAAUCGGCGCAGUGACUAUAUAGGGUACCAUCACAAUGUUCGCCCUGAAGUUGGUUUAUUAACUUCCACUGCACGCACCUUCAUACAAGAAGGUGUAACAACGGAAUACGCCACACAAGUGGUCGGCACAACACUCGAUAGUGGACGGUUAUAUGCACAAUUCUUAAGGAAAAGUUCACGAGUAUUAUAUAACAAUGGCCACAAACAACAACAGACACAGCAAGCAGUUGUAUUACCAACAGUUGUCACCAGUUGGGUGGGCGAUAAUUUGGAACUGCAUACCAAAGCGCUAUUAGAGAGUCAUAACGACCUCUUCAAUGCUGACUUACCCGAUUGGCAAGAUAUUGAUGAUCGUUUACUUCAUGAAGAUGGAAAUAUAUUUGUUGGCAAUACCGAUUUUGCUAAUUUGAGUGAAACAAGAAAUAAAAAACAACAAGAGCCUUCAUUUAACGAUGAGAAAAAAUUUAAAAACCCAACAUUGUUAUCUAAAAAUUUAACGAGCGUUGCUCGUAACACUACGCCAAAACAUCUAUUGUCAUUGCAUACAGUAGGCAAUACAGGAAAUCAAAAAUCACAAAUUGCGCGAAUAUUAGACGUUAAUAAAGUAAUGCCCAUCGGCGACUUGGCGACAUACACUAUUCGUAAUCCCUUUUCACCAAGUGGAUUCCCUACAGAAACCAUUAUCGAACAUUUAGAACUCACACAAAACAGCGCAGUGAAUAAUUAUAAAAACAAUGCAAACAAAUUAAACCGUUCACCGAAACAGUACUAUCAACAACUAAUGGAUCCUAUAGGUAGUGGUAGUUUCCUGAGAAAUGCCCCAAUAAGGCCACUCUUUAAUAGGAAAUUGGCAACAACAACGUAUUAUGGCUUUGCUGACUUUACGACUGUUGUUGGGGAGAGUGUGAUUGUUUUUUCACCUAGCACCGUUACACCAAACAGUAAUUUAGGCCAUGUGACAUCAAUUAAGGGUGAAGCAACGUUAGGAGAUUUUAGCGAUUAUGUACAAGGAACAACUAUUGGUGCUAUAAAGGUCGCUACGGAAUCUGAAGUUGAGACCACUCAACAAAUUAGCAAUUUGCCCAAUUUGAGCACAAUGCAAAUAAUGGAUGUAAAUGCGAACAUAGAACAAAGCGUAAACUUCAUUGAUAUUACUAGAGAAAUUCCAAGAAAAGAGAAGUUGGGAAGCUUGCAAACAUUAACAACUGCUAUUAGCGAUGAAGAACUAUCUUUAACACAAAUAAAAUUAGUGGCCACAUCUAAUGAAAAUAGCAAAGUCACACAUUUUACAACCAAGUUAUCAAGUGAUGACACUUUUAGAACUAAUGCGAAUACACUCGGUUCUACCACAUAUUCCCGUCCUUCAGACGAAGAAGUGGCAGAACUAUACGCGUCACUUUCGCGUGUAGCGGCAUCACGUGAAAGUAUUACAUUAACAAUGCAAAUAGUCGCACCAACACAUGUAAUAGAUAAUUCCUUAUUAAAACAAAUUGAAAGUACUAACGAACAAACAAUUAAUAAUACAGUUCACUUAGUUUCAAAAGGUAUAGAGUUAUUGCAAAGCAGUGAAGUAAUGCAUCACACAACUACAGCUAUUUUCAAAAUAACUCCCACAAAUGCUAGCUCGCAAUUACAGAUAUUAGGUGGUGCAACAACAAUAUUCUAUGAAGAUGAUCCUUUUGCUAAUUUUGUUGAGCCAGUUGUUAGCUCAACCGUAGCUACAGAUAUGUUUAAUUUGACAGAUAAGAAGAGAACAACACAACCAGAAUAUGCAAUGUCAACCUUAAGUAAUAUACAAACAACCACCGAGGAAUACGAAGAUAGCGUCGAAACAACUACAGUUGAUCCCAAUAUAUUGGCAAAUAUUACUAUAGAUGAAUAUGAAGUAGAAAAUAAUAGUCGUAGUUCUAUUGAUACAUCUCACAACGUUCAAAAUGAACCAAAAAUUUGGCUAACUGAUGUUAAAAUAAAUGUUCAGGAAAUCAAUAUCGACGAUGACAUUGUUGAAUUAGGAGAUUGCAUUAGAACUUCACAGACUUUUCUCACACAGAUAGCAAAAACGAUCACCCAGCUAAACACUUUGCGCGAGUCAACCCUGUCAGGCGAAGAUGAAGCCAUACAAUUUUCUACAAUCGAAACUGUAUUACUGCCCACCUUCGACAUUUUAGAAACUACUAAAUUUUAUUGUAUCAAACCACAGACAGCAGAAGUAGUAGGCGCGACCAGUUUUGCCAUUGGCAAUAUUAACGAAAGAGCAAACGAUGAAGUACAGUUAGAGAAACCACGAUUAGAUUAUAUUGAUACCGCAACACUGACCGAGAACAUAGAUGGUGUAGGUGAUAGUGUUGCCGACGUUGACACUGAUGACACUGAUGACAUUACCACAGUAUCAGUUUAUAUAAAUGAGGAAGCAAUUUUAGAGUAUACAACAACUGAUCCUCUAGAUAGCGAUUAUAAUAAUAAUAAUGAAACUGAGGUCAAUAAUGAGAGUGAUAGCGAUAUAAAUUUUGAUCAAUCAAUUUAUGCGGGGGAAGUUGAUUCGGGUGAAGAGAUUGAACUGAUAUAUAAAACAUUAUAUACGACAUAUACGUAUUUGACAACAUUCUUUAACGAUGACAGCAGUACUAGUAUAACGAGUCACACAGAAGUUUUUACGAAUAUUAUAACAUCGACCUUAGAGUCCGGUAUUGAUGAAAUCGAACUAGUUGCUACUACAAAACAAAUAUUAAAUACAGAUUCUGCAGAGAAUGCGCUUACACUUAGUGCCCAUGAUUCUUCGAGCAAUGGUAAUAAGAUUAGCAGCAGUAGUAAAUUUAUACUACCUACUGAAUUGGAGACUAUACUGCGUGUUGGUGAGCAUGAUAUAGAUAUUGAUAAAACCGGAGAUGCUACAGAUGCACAGACCGCAACCAUGUUUUUGGAUGAUAGUAAAAUAGUGAAAACUUACUUUACAACUUAUACAUACUAUACGACCAUAUUUGUAGAAGGAGAAACGGAAAUCAUGUCUAGGACCGAGGUAUAUACAAAUUAUGUAACGGACGCGGUAACACCCACCACUACAUUUGAGAUUGAGAAACAAAGUAGUACUAAUAAUGAUAACGUUUCUAGUAAUGUGGAGUUGUUGUCAAGAUUAAAUCAAAAUACCGACCCUAACAAUAUCGAUAAUGACGCUAUACGGCAAAGAAAUGAGAAUGCACAAAAUAUGCUAAAUGACCAUCAAAGGUUCAGUGACAGCACACUGCUUGCCAACGCCACGAUCCUUUCCCAUGAUGAUCAGCUUGAUUUCAGUAAUUAUACAUUGGUGACUGAUAUACGUUCAAGCAGUUCGAUUGGCAAAAAACAUAUUAUCAAUCAAAAGCAGGAAGCAUUUUUCGAUCAAAUUAGCUCCGAAAGCAAUACGGACGAAAUAAGACCUUCAGCCGUUCUAUUAUUGCAGACAAGCUUCACCACAUUUACGUAUUAUACGACAAUGUAUAGCAAUAAUGCGACAAACGUUAUAAGUCGCCUGGAAACGGUAACCGAUGUCGUAACGGAAACGCUACAGCCGACUAAAACUUCAAGUGUUGAUGAAGUAACUUUACCCAUAACAUAUUUCACUACAUUCACAUACUGGACGAAACUGGCUAAAAAUGGUGAAAUCACUACACUUAGCAGAGAGGAGACCGUAUCCAAUAUAGUAACACCUAGCACAAUAUUACCAACACUCAUUCAAACAGCAGAUGUACUGUCAAGCAACGAGAAUAUCUUACAGAGCACACAAACAAAGACAGAAAUAUCGAUUUCCGAUCAGAUGGAUAACAUUACAAGUGUGAAUACCACCACUGUUAUCCGUAAUAGCGUUGAAAACUCAAACAUCGAUAACGCAAACACCACAGCGGUUUUUGAGCCAACAACUUACUAUACAACGUACACAUAUUAUACAACAUCAUAUAAUGGUGAUGGAACCACAACUGACUCGCGUUUCGAAACUAUAACAAAUGUUGUUUCAACAACAAACAUUGAAGAUAAAACAAAUGGAUUAGUCGCGGAUGCAAGUAAUAUUGUGGGCAGUGCUAAUUUAGUGGCUGAUGUAUUAACGUUAGCUGUAAACAGUGGUGUUACGCCCGCACUUGAAAAAACCCCCAAUAUACUGCUUUAUGACUACAAAAGAAUUAUCGAUGCAGAUGGAGUAAGUACAUUGUAUUAUUUAACGGAAAUAUUAGCUACCACCGCCAUGGAUGGUAUGCAAUCAAAUUUCACUAGCAGCACGUCCAGUUUACAAGUUGAUGAAUUGAAGAAAGCCCUGCUUCCAAACAGUAUAAUUGCAGCAAAUACAGAUAUCAGUUCGGUACGUCUGUACAAAACGGGUCUUGUGCGUUUAAUCGAGGGUACCCGCAUUGGCAACCAUACAACUACAUUAUAUCAAUCUAAAGUUAUUGGCACUUUCAUUGAGAAUCGCUACGCUCAAAUAAUUGAGAGUACAUCCAGUUUUAUUUUUGAGACAAAUAAUAAUCUGAUCACUACUGAUGCGUCUAUUAAACCGUCUCUUACAUUACAAUCAACAGAUCAUAUCGAAGCAACAGUUGCACUAACGUUACAAAACAGCAUUGUUGACAAUGCUUCUGAUUCACCUGCGACCAACGAGUAUAGUAAAGAGGAUGAAGAGAAUUUCGAUGGUGACGGUGACGGUGGUAAUGAAGAUGAUGUUGAGGACGAUGAUGCUGACGGUAACAGUAAUAAAGAGCGAUUGUUCUAUCAGUCGAAGAAGCACACAUUUACACCCGUAAUCCGCCCAUUCGCUUCACGUAAUCGUCCACAAUUCGCGCCGAAAAAGAAAAACAGUAUUUUGAGUAGUGCGACAAUUAUAACACGACAUGAUUUCACACCAACAAUAACUGCGACGCCUGCGCUUAAGUCUAGCGGGCGUUUUAGCACACGUAAAGGUGGAUUUACAGGCAGUGCAACAGCCACAGGUGCCUCAGCUACUAUACCUAACAGUUCAACAUCGCGCCGCACCUUCGGGCGCCCAAUCAAAUCAUUAUCUUCCAUUGGCAGUAUUGGUUCAUCAAAUAUACCCGUUAUUUUGUCUGCAAGUGGUUUUAGUGGGGGCCGAAACCGUCUGACAUCAUCGACACGAUUACAAUCAUCGACACGUCGUGCCGGAGUUUUAGUGCGGCCUACAUCUGUGUCAGGCAUUCGGUCAAGCUUUUCUAGCACUUAUGCCAAUAGCUCUCGAGUACGUAUCAAAUCUACAAGUUUAGCUCAGGCUGGACAGCAAAAUACGCCAUCUACAGAGGGUUUACCUAUUUUGACAUCCGAGACGAGUGGCGAGGAGUCAACUACACCAGAAUUUCAAGCGAGUUUUGAUGAAAAUGACGAAGUAUUUACAGACGCAGCCCGCCGGAGUCAAAAUCCUUUGCUACGUCUUCGAAGGCCGUUAAAUAGGCCGACUGGUUUUACUCCAGCUAGUCAGCGUGUAGUAAACAGUGGUAGUAGCAUUUCCUCUGGUGGUGCUGUUUCACAACGUCGUAAUCCUUUAAUAUUACGUGCUAAAACGACGACUGUUACAAGUACUACAACAACGACGCAAACACCACGCACGCGAAGCUUAGAGAGACCUAAAAUCAACAAUGCACCAGGUAGAACGCGGCCGCAAAAUAGCCUUUUUCCACCACGUGGCCUAUUACAGAGGCAAACAAAUCAAGAACAUAAUGAAGUCAAAGAAAAUAAAAAAGAUGACAGUAUAGAAGGCAAUGUUGAUAUCGAUGAUGAUUCCGAGUAUGAUGACGAGGAUGAAGACGACAAUGAAGAUGAUGUCGAUGGAGAUAAUAACCGUCGUAGGCGUUCUAAUAUUAAGCAACAUAAAUUAACAACAGGAGUUGAAAAGCCAUCAAAAAUUGAUAACGAUAAAAUAAAAUAUUUGACUAAAUUCUCGAAAUCGGUACGUGUACGUCGUGAAGCUGAAACACAGUUACAAAGGCGAAGUAGUUUUCGAAAUAGAUUCAGGCGUCCAAAGUUAACGUCUUCAGCUACCACUGCCGAGGAUCAAAAUUAUAAUGAAGAUGUUGAACUGGAAACGCCACCUUCUGUAACUACAUCGGUAACACGUUCACGAACAGGUGGGCGUUUUAUACCACGCUAUGGUUCUCAACACGCAGGCACACAAGCCGUUACAGCACCGGCCACUACUACAAGCACAGGAAAUCACCGCGCUAUCAGACCAACACGCCCCACUAAUGGUAGAGCUCAAUUCACACUACGUGAAAAAGAUACAAUCACGACAACUCAAAAGGGUUUGACACGUUCAGGAACAAGUCACUUUCGGCGUCCACAGACAGCAGCCUCAUCUAGACGUUCGUCAUCUCCAACAAUUAGCAAUCGGCGGAAAUCAUACAACAACAAUAGCAAUUUGUCACAAGACGCUGCUGCGCGAAGCACGUCUUCGCGUGUACGUACCAACUUAAGUCGCACACGUACAACCGUGCGUGGACGCAGUCGUAACGAUUACAAUGUUGAUCCAGUCGUACUACCAUAUGAUGGUACUAUAACUAUUACACAUGUUAUACCAGCCGAAGUAACUAUACCAGUCAUCAAUGGUAAAGUUACUGAAUAUAAAAAUGUUGUGACAGCUAAAACGAGCACGGAAAUUUUGUCUCCUCAGCAAUAUACCAGUUUUCUGGGUAGUAAUGGACAGACUAUGUUGGCAUUGACCCGAGAAGAUUCAAGUGUGAAUUUCGGUGGUGUAACUGAGGUUACACAGUAUGUACUUCAUGAGUCGCCGACGACAACCGUUAUCUUUACACCCACCACAAUACGUGGCCGCAAAACAUCCUUUUCUCACGUAAUACCAUCAACAGUUUACUCAGUGGAAAAUGUUAUUUCAACAACGCAACCACAAAUUUCUCCAAACGCGCCGUUGGCCAAUAUAUUAUUAUCGCAGUUGUUGCUCGGAAAUAUAGGUCUACCACCAGCUAAUCCAUUACUUGGAGCAUUAGGGGCAGCAGCAACACCAGCACCUAUACAGCUAGGUGUAGGUAGUAUAAUACCGCAAUUACCAGCCACACCGGUUACUGAAUAUCGCACGCAUACAUCUACAUAUGUUACAACAGUGUUUGAGGGUAUGUCUACCGUCUUACCUGUUACAUUUCAGGGUAAAAAGAUAUUGACUACGGUCUACGAUACGACUGCCCAAACAAUAACAGCUACAGAGUUUGUGACAGAUACUAUUGUAACAACACCGACACAACAAACGCAGGCAGCACCACAGGUUAAUAGUUUGCUAAUACAACAACUGUUAUUGCAACAACAACUACAGCCACACAUCGAACAGCCCCAGUUACCAGUAAUACAUUCCACGGCUCCGCAUCAACUAUUAAGUGAUAAUUUGCAAGAACUCGACACAAACCAUAUACGCCUUUCUAAGGAAAAUGAUAAUGAUAUAGUAGUUAACGAUGAUAAUACGCCAAAUAAUAAGACUGGCCGAAAAAAGUCCCGAAAGUCCAGUAAAGGACAUAAGCGUAAACAUCAACCAUUCCAAGAUGAAGUGCCAGAGGGUUCUAGUAUCAUAACAUUGUAUGUAUCCGGCCGCCGACCGGGUGAGUUUAGUACCAUUUUAAGUACCGUACCACUUGACUUUGACUCCACAAUACACAAACGCCAAGCUCCUGGUGAUCUACAACAAACUGUCAAAACUUAUACAAUCGAUGAUUUUUACGCAUCAGAUGGUAGUGAAUAUAUGUCGGCAUAUCUAAAGCCUGAAUUGAAGGAUGAUAAGACGGAGAAACAGAUUGAAUUAAAUUUACUUGAAAGUGGUGCAUACCAUUUGAUGGACCAGGAAACUCAAUCGCUCGAGAGUAUUGUCGGCGACGUUGAUACAUGGAUUGCAAGAAGUACGCACGCAUUUGAUAAUGCAGUAACACUUCACGUACAAUUAGUGUCCACUUUGUCGCUGCAAAGCAGAGGCGUUCAAAUUACGAAGAGUACUUAUCUGAAGCAAAAGUCGAAUGUGACCGGAUAUAAAACAAAUAAUAAUCAUUUUUUAAUGUAAUUGACCUUACUGCGUUGCUAUCCCCAUGCCAGUUCAAGGUCAUUAAUAUUGUCACAGCAAGCACGAAAGCGUCGAUAACUAUAUUUAAAAAUAUUAGUUUCGGAAAAUAUAAAGGCAUUCAUGCGUGUAACCAGAGAGGCAGCAGUAAUGAGAACGAUAAAGAGGAGGGGAAUGAAACUGUAGAGAGUGGCAAAGAAAAAAGUAGGGUUAAAGAACAGCAGGAAAACGGAAAUGGGCUACUCAUAUACUUGGGGCAUAAUACAGUACACAAUAACACCCAGCGAUAUCCUACGCGAAAAUAUUAUAAAAAAAAAUUCACUUCGUUUAGUGUAAAUAAUAAUAAGACGCAUAAUGGUAUAAUUAUGAACAGGAGUAAAAGGAGCGCAUCCCUUUUAAAGAAUUAUGGGCGUGUACUACCACAACAACACAAUAACAUGAACGACGAUGUGUUGAAAAUGUUAAACGAGUAUGAUAGUAGUAAAAAUAAUAUAACUUUGAAUAUUGUUAAUUUAAGCCGGAGAUGCAAGAAGUUAGUCGUACGGCGUAGAAAACUGCCAAUACCACCGUCGAGGAAAGUGGACAAUCAAAUUUUGCUGAAGUUAUCAUUGCAACCGACUACUGUACAACUACCUACUUGUGCAUCACGUCGAAAAAUUUUUUUAAUAAAAAAGCCAAAUCAAUUGAUAGAACCAUUGAUGCCCGAGAAUUCGGAUAAAACUGCCAGCAACAUAAACAAAAGUAAUCAGCAAACAUAUUAUGUGAGUCAAGGGAGCAAGGCAAACAAUUUGUAUGUUACGCUGUCAAAUAAUUCUAAUAUAUACUCAUCGAUGUGUACCAAAAAUAUUGUGUACAAAGAUAAAUUUAAAAACUUUUCCACGUCUGACAAAACCUCUAACAAUCCGAGCUUUCAAAGCAAUGGACGUAUUGUUAUAAGGUGUAUAAACCGAAAGCCUCGGCACUUCGGCAAUAGCGAACCAAAUACCGAGAGUAUUACAAAAUCUAUAUCAUUCUACAAAAAGUCGCAGAAAUCUGAACAAGAAACGAACUUAGAAGAACCUGCAGCGACGAGCAGAAGUAGAAACCGACGUAAGCACAAAAAGAAGAAUCGUGGACACCAUCAGAGAAACCAAAGCGGAAAAUCUAUGAAAAUAAAUAAUAAAAAUGCUGACGAAGUAGCCGCCGAAAACCAAAAAAAAACACAGGCGCAAUCAUUAUUUUCACCGCAAUCAGAUAUGCUAAUACCAACUGUAGUGCAAAGAAUUUUAAAUGAGUCUAGUGACGUUUCAACAACGCUGAGUUCAAAUGAAGUAAGCGGCGGAAGCAAAUUUGCCGAAAACAUGUUGCAGCCAACGCCAGUACUCAGUUUCUACAUUGGAAAUGCCACACGAACCAACUUAGUUUAUAAAAUUGCUACAAGUUUUCAGUAUGAAACAAUUGUACGCACGCGCACAUAUACAUAUAUUAUUGAUCGUGUUCAUGAUGACUACCAUCAUUACGUCGAAUCUUCCACGUUAGUUCGGAAAGAAACGCAAUAUCAAUCACAUCAAAUUCUGUUGACUCAUACAUUGAACCACGUAUUAAAACAAAAAGUAGUUGCACCAUCAACUAUGCCAUAGCCAUCAUUGGGUGAUCACAUAAAAAUAUUCAACUACAUUAUUUAAACUUUUUCUUAGAAUGUUAAAUAAUUUUUUAUAUAUAUUAAAAAAAUUUUGUUACCUGGGGGUCGAUAAAAUGGCAAUAGUUUAAUAGACUUUAAAUUUUACAUCGUGGGACCAAAGAUUACCUCCAGUAUGGAAGAAAAUUUGAGAAGUAAACACGGUCGUCGCGCACAAAAGUAAUCUUUGGAUAUUGAUAUUUCAAGGUGGAUGAAUAUACUGAGGGGCGUAGACUCUGAAAAAUCAAUACUAAUGGUAAUAUCCCGUACCGUAGCACCUCUUUAUUGAAACAUCGGUUGACCAUGUAUGUCGGAUUAGCAACACCAAAGCACCUUCUUCCUUAGCAGCUACUUAGGCUUUUCCUGGAUGUUUAGAGAUGGUUAAGUCAAUUUGAAACUUAUUAAAACUAUUAUAUCAGAGUAAGGCUCAAAAUUAAACAGACCUGGUAUACUCACACAAAGAAACACGCAGCCUUUUUAUUGGCGUAGUAUACGUCUUGCAACAUAGAGCUUGUUACCUUAAUUCUAGAUUUUCAGAUCCAUUUUUUGUAAAAAUAGCAUAUACACAAUCAUAACAGCAUAAGCACCAAAUUUAACCUUCACGUUUACACCUACCAUUAAACUGUCUUUUUACAUCUGUUUUUUUGGUGACUUUUCUUUCUAUCGUUUUUUAUAGAAAUUUCAUUUUCAUUAUAAUACCAUACUCCGUUUGAUUACAAACAAAAUAUAAUAAUAAAUUAUUUAAAGUUAAAUUUAAACAAAUGUCGAAUUCAUUCACCAAAACGCAUCAGCUUCAGAGAAGUAUGCGUAGUGAGUUAUGUUUUAUAACGAAAUGACAUACAAACAUGUAACAUAAUAUGGCAGCGUAAUGCAUAAGACAUUUUAACAUUCAUGCGUAAUGAAAUUGCGCUUCUAAGAGUUUGGGUGUAAGGAAACUAACUUGUAAAUGAAUUAGAUGAUGUGUCGACCUCUUCCUAAUGGACACUGCACGAACAUACACAUUUAUGUAUUUAAAUUUGAACACAUAUCAAUGACAGCUAUAGUGAGAUUGAAAUAAUUGAAUUACAAUUUUUCUAACACAGUAACCCUAUCGUAAAUCGAGGAGGUUGUGGUUCGAAGGAAUUGGUUUUUGCCCUACCUCACUAAAUAUAAUUUAAAAAAAUAAUUUUUCUUCGAUUAUUUCAAUAUUAUCAUAGAUUUAAUUUCGUAAAAAUAUUCAGGUUGAAACAUUUUAGUAAAGUGUCCAUCAGUAAUCUGAAGGGACCAUGAAAGCAAGCUUGUCAUUUGAUUCCUUAUUUUUAGUAAGGAUUUUGGCCUACGGUUUCUUAUCAGAAACAGAAAAUAGCUGUAGAAAAUUCUCAACUUUCACUACGAUGUAAAAAUUUGUGAGUCUUAGUUUGUAUUGGAAACUAUAUAUAAGUUGUAAAAAAUGAUAUGUACAUAUGUAUGUGUUAUUAGCAAAUGUUGUUAGACCAACAUAUAAGCAUAUGCGUCUAUUAAAUAACACUUUAAACUAUUAAACUUCUAUUAACUAAUUUAAUGUUGUUUUGUUAUAUAAAAUUGUAUCCAUAAUUUCCUUAUAUAUUUCUGGACUCUUCUGUUUACGAAAAAUAUUUGAAAUAUAGUUAUUUUAACAAUAAAAUA